AGCGGCUGCAGUCUCCAAACGUUGGCUCAGCAGCUCUCGGCGGCGCCUGCUUUCAGUUUCGUGCAGAGUGCUGUGAAGCAAGAGGAGUGCCGCCGCUCUCACCGGAAUUCCUCUCAGGGAAGGAAGCAUUUUGGGGAAAACACCUCGAUAGGAUUGAGCAUUCCUGGAUCGUGGAAUAGAGGGGAGAGCACCCUUCUCCUCUCUCCUUAACGGCCUGCCCCAUGGAAACAACCUGCAAAUCCAGCUCAAGGCACAGGACUUGGCCCAGGUACCCAUGAGACCCUCUCCGCAGACACCCUAGAACAUCUAUGAUGAACCAGGAAGCCAAGUCCGGCUCCUCAUGGACUCCAUUAGCCUCCAGCUGGGUACCAAGAACCUGUGGGGUUUGCUCGUGGGGCUUCUCAGCAAAGACCCAGAAUGGCUGAGUGCCAAGGUGAAGUUCUUCCUCCCCAACAUGGACCUGGGCUCCAGGACUGCAGCCCUAGACCUCACACAGAGAGUCAUCCUACAACUCAGGGAACUGCGCAACCAAGGUUCGGCCACCUGGCAGGAAUUCAUCCACUGUGUGUGCAUGGAGCUGGACGUGCCGCUCUACCUGGAGGUGCUGCUGCUGAGCACUUGGGGCCGUGGAGACGAGCUUCCCAGUCAUUUGGCAGCUGGGGAAGAAAGCCAACCUGAAUCUCAGCUUCACCAAGGCCUCAAGCGGCCUCAUCAGAGCUGUGGGUCCUCACCCUGCCCAAAGCAGUACAAGAAGCAGCAGCAAGAGCUGGCCAAGAGGUACCUGCAGCAUCUGAGGACUUCUGCCCUGCAGCACUAUAGCGGCAAGCUUUCUGGGCCAGGACAGCCCCUCACCUUCCACCAGGCCUACGUCCCCCCAAUCCUGCAAUGGGGCCGAGCCACAGCACCCUUCGAGACUCAGGAGGGGGCCACUAUGGGGGGCUCCAAGGCAGAAGACGGUGCCGACAUGAGUAUCCGGGACCUCUUCAACACGAGGACUGACAAGGGCCCACACGUGGUGGUGCUCCUGGGGAAGGCCGGCAUGGGCAAAACCACGCUGGCCCACCGGCUCCGCCAGAAGUGGGCUGAUGGCCAGCUGGACCGUUUCCAGGCCCUGUUCCUUUUUGAAUUCCGCCACCUCAACCUGAUUACGGGUCUCUUGACGUUGCCCCAGCUCCUUUUUGAUGUGUAUGUGAGCCCCGAGGCGGGCCGCAAGGCUGUCUUCCAGUACCUGGAAGAGAAUGCUAAUGGCGUCCUGCUCAUCUUUGAUGGGCUGGAGGAGGCCCUCCACCCCUGUUCCAGCAAGGAGACUGGAGGUCCCGAAGCCCCAGGUCCAGCCCUCAGCCUCUUCUCCAGCCUCUGCCAUGGGACCCUCCUGCCCGGCUGCUGGGUCAUGGUUACCUCCCGUCCAGGGAAGCUGCCAGCUUUUCUGCCCACAGACGCAGCCACUGUCCACAUGUGGGGUUUUGAUGGGCCGCGGGUGGAGAAGUACAUGGGCUGCUUCUUCAGGGACCAGCCGUCCCAGGAGGCAGCCCUAGCAGAGCUGCGAGCAAACGGACAUCUCCGGAGCAUGUGUGCGGUGCCUGCCCUGUGCCGAGUCGCCUGCCUCUGCCUCCACCAUCUGCUGCCGGGCAGCUCUCCAGGCCAGUCCUCGGCCCUCCUGCUCACUGUGACUCAGAACUAUGUGCAGAUGGUGCUUGCCCUCAGCCCCUCUGGGCACCUGGAUGCUGAGUCCCUGCUGGGCCUCGGUGAGAUGGCCCUGAGGGGCCUGGAGACCAGGAAGGUUAUCUUCUCUACAGAAGACAUUGCUUCAUCCGUCAUGGCCUUCGGGACUUCCCUCGGCCUGUUGCACUCCUUCUGCAUCUGCACAGGCCCUGGGCACCAGGAGGAAGGCUUUGCCUUCACCCACCUCAGCCUGCAGGAGUUUUUUGCUGCCCUGCACCUGAUGGCCAGCCCCAAGGUGGACAAAGACACACUCACCCGCUAUGUCACCCUCAAUUCUCGCUGGCUGCUGCGGACCAAAGCUAGACUGGGCCUCUUAGACCACCUCUCCACCUUCCUGGCGGGUCUGGCAUCCCGCGCCUGCCAUCCCUUCCUCAGCCAACUGACCCAGCAGGAUAAGGUGUGGGUGGGCGCUAAGCAGGCUGCAGUUGUUCAGGCAUUGAAGAAGUUGGCCACCCGCAGGCACACGGGACCAAAGGUUGUAGAGCUAUGUCACUGUGUGGGUGAGACCCAGGAGCCUGAGCUGGCUGGUCUCAUGGCCCAAAGCCUCCCCUACCAACUUCCCUUCCACAAUUUUCCAUUGACCUACGUUGACCUGGCUGCCCUCACCAACAUCCUGGGGCACAGGGAUGCCCCUAUCCACCUGGAUUUUGAGGGCUGCCCCCUGGAGUCCCGCUGCCCUGAGGCCCUGGCAGGCUGUGGGCAGGUGGAGAAUCUCAGUUUUAAGAGCAGGAAGUGUGGAGAUGCCUUUGCAGAAGCCCUCUCCAGGAGCUUGCCAACAAUGGGGAGCCUGAAGAAGCUGGGGUUAACAGGAGGUAAGAUCACUGCCCGAGGCAUCAACCACCUGGUGCAGAUUUUGCCCCUCUGUCCACACCUGGAAGAGGUCAGCUUUCAGGACAACCAGCUCAAGGACCAGGAAGUGCUGGACAUCGUGAACGUCCUCCCUCACCUGCCACGGCUCCGGAAGCUUGACCUGAGCCGCAACAAUGUCUCCAUGUCGACCCUACUCUGCUUGACAAAGGUGGCAGUUGCCUGUCCUACCGUCAGGACGCUGCAAGUCAGGAAUGCGGACCUCAUCUUCCUUCUCUCCCCGCCCGUGGAGACAGCGGCAGAGAUACGAGGAGCCCCAGACCUACAGAAAAAUGCCAGCCAGAGGGAAGAGGUUCAGAGCAGAAGCCUGGCACUCAGGCUGCAGAAUUGUCAGCUCACAGUCAAUGAUGUGGAGAUGCUCAUAGCCCAGCUCCGGGAAGGUCCCCACCUGGAUGAAGUAGACCUCUCAGGGAACCAGCUGGAAGAUGAAGGCUGUCGCCUGAUGGCAGAGGCUGCACCGCAGCUGCACAUCGCCAGGAAGCUGGACCUCAGCGAUAACGGGCUCUCCAUGGCCGGGAUGCUCUCUGUGCUGAGUGCCGUGAGCACGAGCCGGACCCUGGCAGACCUGCACAUCAGCCUCAAGUACAAAACUGUGGUCCUCAUGUUUGACCCAAAGAUGGAGGAGCAGGAGGGGAGCCAGGAGAGGCUGAUGGCCCAGAUGCCCUUUACGCUGUCCCUGUGCUUCCCAAACAUCAGGCUGACGCACUGUGGCUUGCGAGCAGAGCACCUAGAGCAGCUCUGCACAGCACUGGGAGGAAGCUGCCGCCCCAGUCACCUUGACUUAUCAGGCAAUGCUCUGGGAGAUGAAGGAACAGCCCGGCUGGCUCAGCGGCUCCCUGGGCUGGGUGCUCUGCAGUCCUUGAACCUCAGUGAGAACGGCUUGUCCCUGGACAGUGUGAUCAGUUUGGCCCAGUGCUUCUCUGCAGUGCAGUGGGCUCUCCACCUGGACGUCAGUUUCAAGAGCCAAGUCAUCAUCCUGAGAAGUGAGAGAAGAGCUAGGGAUCUGUCAGCUGCUGGGUCUUUGCCAGAGUUCCCGGCUGGAGGCCAGUUCUCGGGGUUCGGUCAGUGCUGCAUCACCAGGAGCUUCUGCCUCAGGGAGUGUCAGCUGGAGCCCCCGAGCCUCACCCGCCUCUGUGAAACUCUGGAGAAAUGCCCAGGGCCUGUGGAAAUCAAAUUGUCCCACGGGAUCCUGAGUGAUCAGAGCCUGGACACCCUGCUGGGACGUUUGCCCCGGCUCCACCAGCUGAAGCUGCUGCAGCUGAGCCAGAUGAGACUGUCCCUAAGGAGCACCUUCCUGCUGGCUGACCUCUUCAGCCUGUGCCCACGAGUUCAAAAGGUGGAUCUCAGGUCCCUGAAUCACGUGACCCUGCACUUCAGCUCUAACGAGAAGCAGAAAAGUGGGCGUUAUGGCAUGUUCACGGGCUGCGGCCUCAGCCAGGAGCAUGUGGAGCCACUGUGCAAGGUGCUGAGAAAGUGUGAAGACCUCUACCAGCUGGACCUCUCCGCCAACCUGCUGGGUGAUGACGGGCUCAGGUGCCUCCUAAAAUGUCUGCCUCAGGUGCCCAUCUCUGGUUUGCUUGAUCUGAGUCACAACAACAUCUCUCAGGAAAGUGUCCUGUGCCUGGUGGAAUGUCUCCCCUCCUGCCCACGUGUUCGGGAGGCCUCGGUGAACCUGGGCUCCCAGCAGAGCUUCAGGAUUCACUUCUCCCAACAGGAAGAGGCCAGGAAAACACUGAGGCUGAGCGAGUGCCGCUUCGAGCCAAAGCAUGUGUGCAGACUGGCCAUCGGCCUGAGCCAGGCCCGACAGCUGACGCAGCUGACGCUGACGCGGUGCUGCUUGGGCCUGAAAGGCCUGACCCUCCUCCUGAGUCUGGUGAGAUGGCCAGAGGGGCUGCUGAGUCUCAGGGUGGAGGAGCCAUGGGUGGGCAGAGCUGGGGUGCUCGCCUUGCUAGGAGUCUGUGCCGAGGCCUCAGGCAAUGUCACCGAAAUAAGCAUCUCUGAGAUCCAGCAGCAGCUCUGCAUCCAGCUGGAAUUUCCCCGUCAGGAGAACCCAGAGGCUAUGGCCCUCAGGUUGGCUCACUGUGAACUUGAGACCCACGACAGACUCCUUCUCAGGCCGCUGAUAGAGACAUGUGCCAGGCUGCAGCAGCUCAGCUUGUCCCAGGUGAACCUCUCUGAUGCCAGCUCCUUGCUCCUGCACAGCCUGCUGCUGGCCCUCUCUGAGCUGAAGAAAUUCCGGUUGGCUUCCAGCUGUGUGAGCUCCAAGGCCCUGGCACGCCUGGUGUCUGGUCUGAGCCACUGUCACUACCUGGAGGAGCUGGACUUGUCCAACAAUCAACUUGGCGAGGAGGAUACCAAGGUGCUGAUGAGGGCCACUGAGGGCAAGUGCUGGCUGAAGAGGCUUGACGUUAGCAACUUCCGGCUGGGCAGCUCCACCGUGGCUAUGCUCGCUCAAGGACUAAGCCACAUGACCUUCCUGCAGAGCCUCUGUCUGAACAACAACGACAUUGGUAACAUCGGCUGCUUCCACCUUUCCAAGACUCUCAGAACUGCCACCAGCUUGGAGGAGCUGCGCUUGAGCUACAACCAGAUUGGAGACAUCGGUGCCCUUCUCUUGGCUGCCAUCCUGCCGCAGCUGCCUGAGCUCAGGAAGAUAGACCUCUCAGGAAAUGGCAUCAGCCCGGCUGGAGGAGUGCGCUUGGUGGAGUCUCUUGCCUGUUGCAAGCACCUGGAGGAGCUGAUGCUUGGCUGCAAUGCCCUGGGGGAUCCCACAGCCCUGGCCCUGGCCCAGGGGCUGCCCCAGCACCUGAGAGUCCUGCACCUGCAGUCCAGCCGUCUAGGCCCAGAGGGGGCACUGAGCCUGGGCCAGGCCCUGGAUGGAUGCCCAUAUGUGGAAGAGAUCAGCUUGGCAGAGAACAGCCUGGCUGGAGGGGUCCCAUAUUUCUGUCAGGGACUCCCACUGCUCAGGCAUAUAGACCUGGUUUCGUGUGAGAUUGACAACCAGGCAGCCAAGCCCCUCACCGCCAGCAUCGUGCUUUGCCCAGUCCUGGAAGAAAUCCUGCUGUCCUGGAAUCUGCUUGGGGAUGAGGCAGCUGCUGAGCUGGCUGGGGUCCUGCCGCAGAUGGGCCGGCUGAAGAGAGUGGACCUGGAAAAGAAUCAGAUCACAGCUUAUGGAGCCUGGCUCCUGGCUCAAGGGCUGGCGCAGGGCUCUGGCAUCCAAGUGAUCCGCCUCUGGAAUAACCCCAUUCCCCCCGACGUGGCCCAGCGUCUGCAGAUCCAGGAGCCCAGGCUGGACUUUGCUUUCUUCCACAACCAGCCACAGGCCCCUCGGGGUACUUGAUGGCCCCUCAAGACCCUUCGAAUCCAGCCAAAGGAUGUCAACUUGCAGCCACCAGGAUAGAGGGCUCAGGAAGAGCCUCAGCUGGGUGCCCCUGCACCUUGCCUCAGGAGGGAAAGACACAUUUGAUCUGCUACAGUCUUCAAGGAGGACUGUUUUGGAGCCAGAAGCCUCGUAAGGUCAAUAGACUACCCUGUAUCACACGUGUCAUGCAUGACCAGUUAGGGACAUGUGGCACAAUAAGGGUGUCAUGAUGUGACACAUGACACAGAAGGUCACACAUGGCAGAGUUCCGGUGGUUUUAUUUGGAAUGUGCAGUGUGGCCUGUGGGUCAGUGUCAUAGGUUCUAGGACCAUACAUGGCAGGACACAUGAUUGGUGAUCUAUAUAUGACAUAUGACAAAUGUCCAUGUCAUGUCAUGUGUCUGGCCAGAUGUCCUCAGGCUAGUCCAAGAUCUAAUUUAUUACUUUUUUUAAACCAAGUAUGUAUUUAUAAAUUGUAUUUCCAGAGCAGCUAAUCCAGAGAAUGUCUUCUGCCCAGAACUGGGAUAGGAACAAUGUCUAAGCACUGACCAGCCCAGUGGCCCAAGGGCCAGGGCUCUGGGCCAAGCCGAGGACUCAACCGUGAGGCUUCUGGAUGAGUCCUCUCCUGCCUCAAGCCUCAGUGUUCCCAUCUGUAAAUGGGAUGACCUCCUCCCUUUAAAUGCUGACUUCUAAGGACGUUAGGCCCAGGUCCAGGGAGAGCCAGCUUGACCUGGGGAGUGGAUGGGCGGUCUGUCCUGUCUAAGGAUCCAAGGGGUGGGCUCUGCCAAGGUCAUCAGGCAAGGACAUGGGGUCCAGCUACUACCUCAGCGGGAUCUGGGUGAGCUCCCGGGGGCUGCAUAUGUUCUACAGUGUUCUUGUUACUCCUAAGAGGGCACAGAGACGGCCCUGCUACACUCUAAGCCAGAGUGACUAAUAAAUGUGGAUGAUCUCCCAGCCUCUAACCUGAGUCUGAUGAGUCCUACCACCUCACGGAAGUCAGAAGUGGUUCUGCCCCGGGGUCUGGGGAACAGAGCAGACCACAGGGAGGUGUGCUGAGAGGAGCACUGGCCUGGGAGUCAGGAGACAUGGGGUCUAGUCCAUGCUCUGUCUCUACAUGGUCGUGUGAUUGUAGGUAAGUCACCUCCUCCACCCGGAACUCACCUGCACCAUGAGGGUGUCACUGAGGGGGUCAACGUGUUAGAAGUCUUCUUUGUUGGACUUGCAUUAUAUUUAAAUCCUUUUCUGAGUUCAUUGUCAGUGUUUAAAAUUGGGAACUUUUCCAUAAAAAUACACAUUUUCAGCUUCUCUUAGGUGCUAGUCUAAUAUUCCCACUAAGAGUCAUCUGCUGGAUCCAAAUGAGUGUGCCCUUUAGAUGUGGCACACAUCCCUCAGUUUGCCACAGUCCCCACCGCUCCCCAGUGCUCCCCUCUCCCAUUUGCUCCUUGCCUGGUCCUUGUGAGAGCCUGGAAAUGUCUGGCAUAGAGGGUUUCCACAGGUGGGUGGCACAUUAGGGACAUGGCUUUAGAAGUCAGAGGGACAUGGAAUGGACUGUGAUGUGACCCCUUGCUGCCUGGCUUCGAGGACAGGAGUGUUUCUGCACAUGAGUUAGUAAUAGCUCCCAGCCCUCAGGACUUUUGGAGGGGUCAGGGAAGCAAGGUAUACAAAGUCCCGAGUAUGAAGAUGUAGGUACUUGUUACAUACAUGCUAGCUCCCUUCCUCUUUUAGGGUUCAAU